AUGUCCCCCUUCCUUAGCUCGACCUAUUGCAUGGUUAAACAUAGCCAUAUUGCGAACUUUCCUUCAGCACUAUCGCUAGCAACGGGGGACAUCGUCAUGGUUCUGGAGCAGCAGCCGUUAGGAUGGUGGUAUGGGCAGUUGGGGAAGAAGAGAGGGUGGUUUCCAAAGCAUUGUGUGAAAUUAAUCAACGAAGAAAAUUCGCCGACUAAAGGACAUCCGUUUACGACCGAAGACGGCAUCCGCUUUCUGUUGCCACAACGACCAUCAGGAUGGUUGUAUGACGAGCGAUUGAGAACGCCUCAGAAUGCUUUAUCGGUGAACAACGAGGAAGAGGAAGAGGCGCAGAGGCAGAUGGCAGGCAAUACGUACGAGGGUGUAAUGGCCCAGUCUAUGACGAUUUCGCGUUUGCCAACGUUAGAUUGUUUAGAGUUGAUGCAAUCAGCGGGUGUGCAAUCUGCUGAGGAGGUUCCCGAGUCGAAGCCUGAGACCACGAAGUUCUCAUCCAACAGACGUCCGGUUUAA